AUGACGUCAUCAUCACCGGCUCCAAGACCUGAAAUGCUUCUGUACUGGCACGAGAACCAGUACGACGACCGGAACCUCCAGAUUCACGGCCGGACAGUUUUCUUCGUCAUGGCUCUAUUCUCCGUCGUCCUCUUCUUCGCCUUGAUCACUCUCUACAUCCACCGGAGCUGCCUCGCUCGCGAUCUCACCAACUUCCACGUGUUGUCUCCUCCGUUUACGCCGUACGUUAGUGGAGGUCUUGACCCGGCGGCGAUACGGAGUUUGCCGGUGGUUUUGUGUCGGAGAGAAGCGGAGGAGGAAGAGAGGGAGUGUUGUAUAUGUCUCGGUGGUUUAGAAGAAGGAGAGAAGAUGAAAGUGCUUCCUCUGUGUAGCCAUUGUUACCACUGUGAAUGUGUGGAUCGGUGGCUUAUGACCGAGUCGAGUUGUCCACUGUGCCGUGUCUCGAUUAGAGUCGACUCGUCUGUGGCGUUACCAAUGCAUGAGACUGAAACGACGACGUGUUGAGUGAUAGUGAUUUUUAAGAUAUUUGUAGUUUUGGUUUUGUCAUGGGGUUGAGUAAAAGAUAUUUUUAAAACAAAGACUGAC